AUGGCAAAGGCUUCGCUCGAUGCGCUCGCACAAGCUAAACACACCGCGGUUGGGUUUGCUGAAGAUCACCCAGUCUAUGCGACAUUGAUUGCAUUGGGGAUCCUGGCUAUUUUAAUGCCAUGGGCGCUUGAGAUUCUGGGGUUUGGUGACCUGGGACCUAUCGAGGGAUCGUUCGCGGCUCUUUGGCAGAGCAGGUAUGCGGGUUAUGUGCCCAAAAAGUCUUUGUUCGGCUAUUUUCAAAGGCUGGGACUGAAGUGGCACUGGAUUCGUUACACAAAGACACCACGACGAUCAUACCGCGAGCCGACAGUCAAAGGCUCAAUGGUCAUAAUUGAGGAUGAUGUCAAGCCACAGCCGUUUUCAUGUUCAGCUGCAGAAAAAUUAAUGCUUCUGGAUAAUUACGCUUAA